AGAGAGGCUAAAACUUAAAUCAAGUUGUUCAUUUCUUUCAUCUCAGUAUUGACCCUCAAAACAAAAGCCUCUCUCUCUCUCUCUAUCUAUGGAAGUUGCGCAAUCGGAUCCAACCCGGGAUCCAGAUACCCGUUACGAUCGACUUUGCUGCUCGUGUUUCCCCAGCUUCCGAUCAAGAAGCUCCACCUCCGCCGUUGGAUACUCCUCCUGGGGACGAAUUCCAACCGUCGAUGACAAUAAUACUCACAGCGGCGACGAGCCACGGUGGUGGAUCCGAGCAAGCUUGAAGGUCCGAGAGUGGUCUGAAAUCGUAGCUGGUCCACGCUGGAAGACUUUCAUACGGCGAUUCAAUCGCGAUCCAAGACGCGGCCGCGACUGGGACGCAGGCGAGAAGUUUCAGUACGAUCCUUUGAGUUACUCUUUGAACUUCGACGACGACGACGAGGACGAGUACGUCGGAUUGGGUGGAUUGCGAAGCUUCUCCACUCGAUUCGCUUCUGUUCCGGUCUACUCUGGUAAAGCUCCGGCGAAUUCUCCGCCGUCUUUGUCUGCGUUGACGCCGCGUGAUGAGAUUAUUGAAAGUUAGUGGGCGCGUGUGAUAAACGCGUUUGCGUUCCUGGCGGCGGAGGCGAAAAGGCUGUCAAAAUGGUUGACUGUUUUGGUAUUACAUCUUUUUUUUUUUUUUUUUGGGUCUGUCGCGUUCUUCCCGUUUCCUAAUUAUUUUUGAAUGUUUAUAUUAAUCGACUUUGAAUUAUGUAUUUUACAAACGGAAAUUGUUCUGUUUCUUGAAAGAGAAGCAAUAUUUUGUUUCUGUUUUGGGGUUUAGGAAUAAUUACGUAAAUUAGCUGUAUAGCAUAUGUGGAAGUAAUGAUUAAGUUAAUCAUAUGA